UUCCCCGCCACACGCAAACAGAACAGUUGGCUGUGAGCUCUCAACUCAAAAACCUCCAUGGCCAUGAAACUACUAUCGCCACCCACUUCUCUCUCACAGCCCACCAAGCUCUGCUCUUUAUACGGCAGCUCGAAAGGAUUCAAACCCAUUUCAGUCUCGACCCGACUCUUCCAGUGGAGGCCGAAACGGUUCGACUUCUCGAAGAAAAUGGUUGUGAAAGCUGGUGUGAAAGUGGAGGAGAAAAAUGUGCAAGAAUCAUCGGGAAGUGAGUGGGGGAAAGUGUCUGCUGUGCUGUUUGACAUGGAUGGAGUUCUCUGCGACAGCGAAGAGCCGUCUCGAUUGGCCGCAGUCGACGUUUUCGCCGAGAUGGGGGUGCAGGUCACGGUGGAGGACUUUGUGCCAUUCAUGGGAACUGGAGAAGCGAACUUCUUAGGAGGUGUUGCUUCCGUUAAGGGGGUAAAGGGAUUCGAUCCUGAGGCAGCGAAGAAGAGGUUCUUUGAGAUAUAUUUGGAUAAGUAUGCAAAACCAAAUUCUGGAAUAGGAUUUCCAGGUGCCCUUGAACUUAUUACUCAGUGUAAAGAAAAAGGCCUUAAAGUUGCUGUUGCAUCUAGUGCUGAUCGAAUCAAGGUUAAUGCAAACCUAGCUGCUGCAAAUCUACCGUUGUCAAUGUUUGAUGCUAUUGUGUCAGCAGAUGCUUUUGAGAAACUGAAACCUGCUCCUGAUAUCUUCUUGGCUGCAUCCAAAAUCUUGGAUGUCCCGACUAGUGAGUGUAUUGUUAUUGAAGAUGCAUUAGCUGGAGUGCAGGCCGCCAAAGCUGCCAAAAUGAAAUGCAUAGCAGUCAAAACUACUUUAUCAGAGGCGGAGCUGAAGGCUGCUGGUCCAUCCCUAAUCCGAAAAGAAAUAGGAAAUAUUUCCCUUGAUGAUAUUCUCGGUGGUGGCUCUGGCUAUAAUGGGACGAUUCAGGGACCUCAAGUUUCUUAUAUGUCAUCUCAAAACACAACAGAAAAGGUCACAGAAAUAAAUUCUGAGUUAAUACAGAAAACUGGUGCUUCCAAUGGUGGGGUUUUCUCAGAUGGAAGGGUUCUUCGGCGAGAUAUAGUGAGAUAUGGAAGCUUGGGGAUUUCUUUGUCUUGUCUUGCCUUCGCCAUCUCAAACUGGAAGGCAAUGCAAUAUACGUCACCUCAAGCUAUUUGGAAUGUGAUAUUUGGGAUUAACCAGCCAUCUCUUAAACAGAAGGAAGGUGAAUCAAGAUCUGAAAGAAUCCAACAAUUUGUGAACUACAUAUCUGACCUGGAAACCAGAGGAACUGCUCCUAUCGUGCCAGAAUUUCCGGCAAAACUUGAUUGGUUGAAUACAGCUCCCAUUACGCUUAGCAGGGAUCUGAAAGGAAAAGUUGUUCUGCUAGAUUUUUGGACCUAUUGUUGUAUAAACUGUAUGCAUGUACUGCCGGAUCUAGAGUUUCUGGAGAAAAAAUACAAAGAUAUGCCGUUCACUGUUGUGGGAGUCCAUUCUGCAAAGUUUGAUAAUGAGAAGGAUUUAGAAGCCAUUCGCAAUGCAGUGUUGCGCUAUGGCAUCACUCACCCAGUUGUCAAUGAUGGAGAUAUGUAUCUAUGGCGAGAACUAGGUAUCAAUUCUUGGCCAACAUUUGCUAUUGUUGGACCCAAUGGUAGGCUCCUUGCACAACUGUCAGGUGAAGGUCGCCGCAAGGAUCUUGACUGUUUGGUAGAGGCAGCUCUUUUGUUUUAUGGCAGAAAGAAGAUGUUGGACAAUGCACCGAUUCCUUUAAAUUUGGAGAAAGAUAAUGAUCCUCGUUUAGUUACAUCCCCGCUAAAGUUUCCAGGAAAGCUUGCAAUUGAUGUUCUAAAUGAUAGGCUCUUCAUUUCAGACAGUAAUCAUAACCGCAUAGUGGUAACCGACCUAGAUGGAAAAUUUAUUGUCCAAAUAGGAAGUAGUGGAGAGGAAGGUUUGCGUGAUGGUUCAUUCGAUGAUGCCACCUUCAAUCGGCCUCAGGGCCUAGCCUACAACCCAAGGAAAAACCUCCUCUAUGUUGCAGAUACUGAAAACCAUGCUUUGAGGGAGAUUGAUUUUGUUAAUGAGACAGUCCGUACUCUUGCUGGAAAUGGAACCAAAGGCUCUGACUACCAAGGGGGAGGGAAAGGAAGUACUCAGCUCCUCAACUCACCAUGGGACGUGUGCUUUCAUCCAGUCAAUGAGAAAGUUUAUAUUGCCAUGGCUGGCUCACAUCAAAUCUGGGAACACAGUACAGAUGAUGGAGCUACUAGAUCAUUUAGUGGUGAUGGUUACGAAAGAAACUUGAAUGGAUCAAGCUCUUCAAGCACAUCGUUCGCACAGCCUUCUGGAAUUUCAUUAUCUCUUGAUCUCAGGGAGCUAUAUAUUGCUGAUAGUGAGAGUAGCUCCAUUAGGGCACUUGAUUUAAAAACAGGAGGGUCGAAAUUGCUAGCUGGUGGUGAUCCAUAUUUUGCGGAAAAUUUGUUUAAGUUUGGUGACCACGAUGGAAUAGGGUCUGAAGUACUUCUUCAACACCCCCUAGGAGUCUUAUGUGCAAAGAAUGGUGAAGUUUAUAUAGCAGAUAGUUACAAUCACAAGAUAAAGAAACUAGAUCCAGCUGCUAAAAGAGUGAGUACCGUAGCAGGGACAGGAAAAGCUGGCUUCAAGGACGGAACAUCUCUAGAAGCUCAGCUUUCAGAGCCAUCAGGAAUCGUUGAAUCAAAAAACGGAAGAAUUUUCGUAGCUGAUACAAACAACAGUCUAAUCAGAUAUCUAGACUUAAACAGGGAAGAAGCUGAACUUCUUACUUUGGAGCUGAAAGGGGUUCAGCCUCCCGUAGCAAAAUCCAAGUCUUUGAAACGCCUCAGAAGGCGAUCAUCAGCUGACACGCAGACCAUUACAGUUGAUGGCGGCCCAUCGAGCGAGGGCAACCUGUCUAUUAAAAUAUCAGUACCUGAAGGGUAUCAUUUUUCAAAGGAAGCUCGCAGUAAGUUUAGCGUUGAAACUGAUCCUGAAACUGCGGUUUCCAUUGAGCCCGUUGAUGGAUAUCUUAGUCCCGAAGGAUCAGCAACUCUUCAUUUCAAGAGAGCAUCUCCCUCAGCUUCAAUGGGGAGAAUAAAUUGCAAGGUUUACUAUUGCAAGGAAGAUGAGGUAUGCUUAUACCAAUCGUUAUUAUUCGAAGUUCCAUUUCGCGAGGAAAUUCCAGGAUCCAACCCAGAAGAAAUAACACUGGCACACGUUGUAAAGCCGAAAACUUCAACAAGCAGCUUACAACUACCGGAUGCGCGCUGACAUCAAUAUUUUGUACAGAUCUUGUAUAAUUUCUUCCUACAACCAUUUGUUCACGUGAAAAUACGACACCAAAUUACACACGGCAGCUGUAGUUACCAAAACGUUGUACUUAUUUGUUCAAGUUGGAGAGAUUAUCAUUGAUCAUAGCCAAAUUACGGUAAUAAAAAUUAGGGAGAUCCCUAAUUGUGUUUCUUCUUGUACAGCA